AUGUCUACUGAUGAUAGAACUACUACUACUACUGUGGAUUUGGCCAUUAGAGUUGUCGGAAAGUGGAAGGAUACAUACCGAUGGAUACCUAUAUUUGGCACAAUAGCUGCAAUUGCAAUGGCUUUUUCAGCCGGUGCAAACAAUCUUACAGCUCCGUUCUCAACACCGAUUGGGUCAGGGGCACUAACAUUUUUGAAGGCCUCGAUAAUGGCUUGUGUGAUCUAUGUUCCUGGAGCAGCCUUUGCUAGCCACAGUACUGUCAAUGGUCUGUUUUCAGAUUUUCUUAAGGAACAUCAACCAAGCGAAGGUUUUUUGAUGUGGAGUCUUGUAGUAGUUCUCAUAACUGCAACAAUGUGGCUUGCACUUGCGACGUACUAUGAAUUACCUGUCUCAUCUCAGCAAUCAACACAGGGUGCUGUGUUAGGAACCAUGCUUGUUAAUGACGGAUUUGGCUUCAUGCCCUUGUGGAACAAGAAUGAAAAUCACAAUUUUAAUGGUGGAGGUCUCCUGCGGAUUUUUCUUGAAUGGACCGUUGCUCCAUUAAUUGCCUGUUUCUGUGCUUUUUGCCUCUUCACUGUCAUGAAAGCUUCUCUGCUUUGUCAUGAAAAUGCCGAGAAAAGGAUCUUGAUUUUUCUCCCUAUUUACUAUGGAAUAGCUGCAGGAUUGCUUUGCCUCUUCAUCAUAUUUCAGAGUAUCAAAUGGCAGGUCAUACCAGUAUUUGUAACUGUCUACAGCUGGACCGCCAUUGUUGCUAUUGCACUGGCCACCUUGAUAGGAGCCUUAUUAACUCUGGUUGUUGUGGUUCCCUUAGCUAGACAAAGACUAGAUAUUGUCAGAAGUCUCCAGGCCAUGAAGAAGAAGAAUUCUAUUGAUCAACAGUGCAUUGAAAUACAUGAUACAACACAUAGCGCUAAAGCCAAUAAUGGUGAAGAGGAGUUUGAGGAGGCAUUGAGGAAUUUCAUGCAGAGGACAGUCCUUGAUACUGUGUACGAAGAAGAUGAGAGGAGCUUGGCUUCUACAGAAGCGAUUGCAGAUAAUGAACAAGUUCAAUCAAUUUCUCAGUCUACCACGGGGAAAUCAACUCCAUUCAGGAAGCUUCUUGAGUCUACACCAAAUCGGUUAGUUCAAUCAAGGAACUUUCAGAAGAUUGAGAAAACAAGAAGAAGGGAGAAUGCCAAUAAGCUUUUCAGAGAUAUUAUCAGAUCCAGUUUUUUUCCUGUCAUUGACUAUGACAGACAUACACUUAUUCGGCAUGCUCUAGCUGAGAAGUUUGAUGACUUGGAAGACUUCUUCGGCUUUCCACAGCUUCUAGCUUCAUGCAUUUUCGCGCUUAUUCAAUCUGCUAGUGAAGUUGCUGCUCUAGUCAGUCCUAUUGGAGCCAUUCUUGAUGUUUUUACACACAGAACAAAAUACUCUGGAAAUGGGGAGGAUGUGGGUUCUUUGGAUGUCAUUUGGUGGCUUAGAGCAGGAGGAGGACUUAGUGCCUCAAUGGGAUUCUUUCUAUGUGGAUGGCGGCUGACUCAGUGCCUCGGUAGCAAGCUGACAUAUAUAAGUAACUCAAGAGGGCUUGUAUCUCAAUUCUCUACUGUGGCAACAAUGAUCAUGCUGUCUAGAAUGAAUCUUCCAGUUUCAAGUGUCCACGCUUUUGUCGGUUCUUUAGUAGGAGUUGGCAUUGCUGAUGAACCUAGGAAUGUAAACUGGAGGCUCUUACUAAAAUUCCUGUGUGGGUGGAUCUUCACAAUAGUAUUUUGCUGUGCGGUUGCUUGUGGGAUCUACGCUGCAUCAAUACACUCCCCUGCAUAUGUAGUGCCCUGA